UCACACGUCAACACGAAAGCUCCAGCACACGGCAAAACGUCAGUUCGACGAGCCACGACGACAGCAGACAAAACACAAGUGUUUGGUCGCCAUUCAGGCAGGCAGGCGACCGUUUUUCCCGUGCAACAUUUCCCUGUUUUUUUUCGCAUUCCAAAAACCGCUACAAUCAACACGAUGGAGCACGAGGGGAAGCAGUCGGAAUCGGCGGUGAAAGUGGGCCGGGAACGGAUCGAGAAAAUGUCCGCCGAGGUAGUGGAUUCGAACCCGUACAGCCGGUUGAUGGCGCUGCAGCGCAUGGGUAUCGUGAAGGAGUACGAACAGGUGCGCCAAAAGAGUGUGGCCGUCGUUGGUGUUGGUGGUGUGGGCAGUGUGACGGCGGAUAUGCUGACACGAUGCGGUAUCGGCAAGCUGCUGCUGUUCGAUUAUGAUAAGGUGGAGUUGGCCAACAUGAACCGACUGUUCUUUACGCCGGACCAGGCCGGGCUGUCGAAGGUGGAGGCUGCCGCCAAGACGCUGAAUUUCAUCAACCCGGAUGUGUCGAUAACGACGCACAACUACAACAUCACUACGGUGGACAAUUUCGAUCGGUUUCUCGACGCCAUCCGGACGGGUGGGAUCGCUCAGGAUACGCCCGUCGAUUUGGUGCUGAGCUGUGUAGAUAACUUCGAGGCCCGUAUGGCGAUCAAUACGGCCUGUAACGAACUUAGCCUUAAUUGGUUCGAAUCGGGCGUGUCGGAAAAUGCUGUUUCCGGCCAUAUACAGUUCAUACGGCCAGGUGAAACGGCAUGCUUUGCCUGUGCCCCACCGCUAGUGGUGGCGGAAAACAUCGACGAGAAGACACUGAAACGGGAGGGCGUUUGUGCCGCUAGCCUGCCGACGACGAUGGGCAUUGUGGCCGGGAUGCUGGUACAGAAUACGCUCAAGUAUCUGCUUCACUUCGGUACCGUGUCGGACUAUCUCGGGUACAAUGCGAUGAUCGAUUUCUUUCCACGGAUGAGCCUCAAACCGAACCCGACGUGUGAUGAUCGGUUUUGUCUGGAGCGGCAAAAGGAGUACCUGGCGAAACCACCGAGCGUGGUGGAUGCCGUUGCCGAACCGGAAACGGAAGAACCACUGCAUGAGGAUAAUCUGUACGGUAUUGAGUUGGUUGAAGAUGACGACACGCCUGUCGCUGCCAGCGAAAGUAAGGUGCAAAGUAACAUCGUGGAAGGUUUGAAGCUAGCGUACGAUGCGCCUGUUGUGGAGGAGAACGCACCCCAAGUAACGACUGAUGACGAUGUCAGCCUGGAUCAGCUGAUGGCCCAGAUGUCUGGCAUGUGUAAGAAGGAGUGAAGCUUAGCCUUUUUGGUUCCCGGGUUCGUUGAGAAGAAAAAAAAACCCACACACAUACCCUAUUUUAAGAUAAAGACACUUGUUAGCAGCUUAUAAAACUCCCUGGGAAACUGGGAUUAGUUAUGGCAAUUUUGUAUUCAAAAACGUAAUUAAUAAAAUAUUGUGAUCAACGAUAUUAUCGUGCUCGCUUGGGCAAAACCCGGAA